AGAGAGAGAGAGAGAGAGAGAGAGAGAGACUGCACCAUCGAGACCGGAGGCAGCAGCAGUCCCGAGCAGUGCAGGUGAGAGGAGAGGGGAAAAAAAGAGCCAGAAGAGGAGGAGGCGCAUGUGGAGGAGGGAGUGAGUGUGUGAGAGAGAAUGCGGGACUCUUGGAAAAAGACGCAUCUACGCUCGGUCCAUCACCGAGGCAUCCAUCCCGAGCACAGGAUUAUGCCGUAUUGAUGCUGAUGUCGGGAUUUCCCCAGUCAGCCCACCAAGAGAGGCUCUAAUUUUCCUUCUUUUGAGACAAAAAAAGAAUUAUAUAUAUAUUAGAAGAAACUCGUCCUGAAAGCACUCCUCUCUGAUCAUAACUUGCGUAAAGGAAUCCGACUGCUUGGCACGUUGCUCCACUGCAGGGGGAGGGAAAAAAAGAGAGGAGAAGAAGAAGAACGCAGCUGGAUCGGAAGUGGUGCUGCAUUGCAGUUACUAACUGUGAGAAACGCGAGAAAAGCCGCCGUCCCAAAUGUGACUGGAAUUAAAAAGAACUUACAAAUGGCAUUAUGAACUGAUAAGCUUCCCCUUGUGCCAACGGGAUAGCUCUGCCUUUUGCGAAGAAGAAAGGAGAGAGGAAGAGUGAAGUGGAUUAACCAAAAUCUGAUGAAUUAGUUAUUUUUUUUUCUUUCGGAGCAGCAUGGAUUUUUUCAUAUCUUUGUGGCUCGAGCAGCGCUGGAAGAUAGGAGAAUUAGUGUUGUAGAAGUUGGAGAAAACCCGCUGAAGUGGAGCUGUGAGCGCAGGAGCUUUUCCCCGGACCUCAGGCGUCAGUCCGCAGAGAGCGGUAGUGAGAAGGUAAGAAAGGAUAAAUCAAACAACCACGCUGUGAGCUACACCAGACCACAAAACACCAAUAAAGAAGGUACUAGCCGCAGCUCGGAGGCAGACAGAGCGGGGAGGAGAGAAGAGAGGCGAGAGUGAGGAAGAAAGGAGCCAUGCAGAGGCUUGGUGCAGUGCACUCCUCCGCGGCGCAGGCUCUCAGCCUCGUGGUCUUGGUGCUGCAGCUGCUGACUCAGCUACCGGGUGCCGACUCAGCUCUCCGGUACCGGGUGGCGGAGGAGGGCCCACCUGACGUCAAGAUUGGGAACGUGGCCGCUGACCUGGGCCUCACCGCAGGCACGGGCAGCGGGGACGUCACCUUCGCCCUGGAGAGCGGCUCAGAGUUCUUCAAGAUUGACAACGUGACAGGUGAGCUGACCACGGGCCCGCGGCGCAUCGACAGAGAGAAGCUCCCCCAGUGCCAGAUGAUAUUUGAUGAAAACGAGUGUUUCUUGGACUUUGAGGUGUCCGUGAUAGGCCCACUGCAGAGCUGGGUGGACCUGUUUGAAGGCCGAGUUGUCAUAACAGACAUCAAUGACAACACACCUUCCUUCCCCUCACCUGUUCUUCAACUCUCGGUUGAAGAGAAUCGACCAAUAGGGACCCUUUACCUGCUUCCCACUGCAACAGACAGGGAUUUUGGAAGUAAUGGCAUUGACCGCUAUGAGCUCAUCCAAGAUGGUACAACUGUGUCAAGUUCAACAAGACGCACAGCAGGAGGAAACCCUAUUAGCAGAGUAGAUGGACUUGGGGACCGGAGGGGUAGAAGUGGAGAAAAUGGAGGAGGACCCCGGAGCAGUGUAUUUGAACUGCAAGUGGCCGAUAUACCCGAUGGUGACAAGCAACCACAGCUCAUUGUGAAGGGCACAUUGGAUCGAGAGCUUAAAGACUCGUAUGAGCUCAUCCUCAAGGUCCGAGACGGAGGGAACCCGCCACGUUCCUCGCAAGCCCUGCUCCGCGUUUCCAUCACAGACGUCAAUGACAACAGCCCGCAGUUCGAGAGGUCUACAUAUGAGGCAGAGAUGACAGAAAAUGCUCCUCCAGGUACACCCGUCCUCCAGGUCAGAGCCUCAGACCGUGACAUUGGAGUCAACGGGCAGGUGGAGUACGUCUUCGGAGCUGCCACCGAAUCCGUCAGGCGACUUCUGCGACUGGACGAGGCAACUGGGUGGCUCAGCGUUCUACACAGGAUAGACAGAGAAGAAGUGGCACAGCUGAGGUUCACAGUGAUGGCCAGAGACCGGGGUCAGCCUCCCCGCACCGACCGAACCACGGUCAUUUUGGCUGUCCGGGAUGAGAACGAUAACGUCCCCAUUGUAGAGAUCCGAAAGAUUGGGCGGAUUCCUGUUCGAGACGGAGCAGCACUGGUACCAGAGAAUGUUCUGGUGGACACACCAGUAGCUCUGGUUCAGGUGUCAGACCGGGACCAGGGAGAGAACGGUGCUGUGACUUGCACAGUUGUAGGAGAUGUCCCAUUCACCCUGAAGCCCGCUGGUGAAACAGUACUCCCACCCCUACCUGCAGAUGAAGCCUUCGACAGGAACAAGAAAAAAUUCUUCUUGCACACUUCUGCCUUGCUGGACUACGAGGCCACAAAAGAGUACAGUGUUACGAUUGUGGCAGUGGACUCAGGUAGCCCCAGUCUGUCCAGCAACAGCUCACUGAUGGUGCGAGUGGUAGAUAUCAAUGACCAUGCGCCGGCCUUCGCCCAGAGCGUUGUGGAGGUCCACUUCGCCGAGAACAACUCCCCUGGUGAAAGGGUGGUCACUGUUGUCGCUACAGACGCGGACAGCGGUAAGAAUGCAGAAAUAGCAUACUCCCUGGACUCUGCCACCAACGGGCCAUUUAACAUAGACGCAGACAAUGGAGAUAUCCGUGCCACUGGGAUCCUGGACCGUGAGCAGCAAGAGAGAUACGAGCUACGGGUUAUUGCGAAGGACAAAGGGACCCCCUCUCUGCAAGGCUCUGCAACGGUUGUUGUUCAGGUGACCGACCGCAAUGACAACCCACCAAAGUUUGUUCAGGAAAUCUUCACAUUCUACGUCAAAGAGAACCUGCUCGCCAACAGCCCGGUCGGCAUGGUCACCGUCACCGACGCCGACGAGGGCGAGAACGCCGAACUUAGCCUGUUUGUAGAGAUGGACGGAGUCGACGUGAAGAAAGCGGGAGAGAAGGUGGACGGGGAAGGUGGCGAGAAAGAGCAAGACGAGGUGUUCUCCAUCGAGAACAACACGGGGACCAUAUUCUCCUCUGCGUCGUUCGACCGCGAAAAGCUGUCCACCUACACCUUCCGCGUCCGGGCCGUGGAUGGAGGGGAGCCGCGCAAGACUGCCACCGCCACGGUUUCACUUUUUGUCACGGACGAAAACGACAACGCCCCAUCGGUCACCUCGCCAGCCAACGAGUCCUACACCCUCCUGCCGCCUGCCAGCAGUGCUCGCACCAUCGUCAGGACGGUGACAGCCCUGGACUCCGACACAGGCCCGAAUGCAGACCUCCGCUACGCUUUAGUGGGAGGAAAUCCCUUCAGGCUGUUUGAGAUCGGCCACACCAAUGGAGUGAUCACGCUGGCAGAGCCUCUGGAGCGGCGCCACAGAGGUCUUCAUCGUCUGGUGGUGCGAGUCAACGACAGUGGCAUCCCCUCUCUGUGUGCCACUGCGCUGGUUCAUGUCUUCAUUAACGAGAGCCUGGCCAACGCUACACUAGUGGAUGCGCAGGUGGCCCGAAGCUUGAUGGCUCCACUUUCACUGGACAUCGCUGGGGACCCGGACAACGAGCGGGCGUUAGGGAAACAGCGGCUCAGCGUGGCCAUCGGUGUCCUGGCGGGAGCCGCGGCGGUCAUCCUGGUUAUUCUCCUCGUAGUCACAGCGCGCCAGUGCGGCGCUCAGGGGAAGAACGGCUACGAGGCCGGUAAGAAGGAGCCGGAGGAGGACUUCUUCGGUACGUCUGGGGCCCAACCGCAGGUCUGCCGUGGCGGCGGAUCUGACCGUGGGCGCAAACCCCGGCGGGACAAGCGCAAUGGGAGCGGCGGCGGUGUCGCCGGAGGAGGGAAGUCGGAUAGGUCGCUGUACAGCGGUAUUGUCACGGUCAACGGGCUGCGGCGCCACGUCAACGACGACGACGAGGAAGACCUGAGCAGCGCCAGCGAGCGCCUGGCGGCCCGCUACUGCGCUGUGGAUGGGGACCCCGGCAGCCCACGGAUGGGCGGCGGCAGGAGGCACCAGUCGAGUCCCGACCUGGCGAGGCACUAUAAAUCCAGCUCCCCUCUCCCAGCAGUGAACCUCGAGCCCCACUCACCUCCGGCGGAGGGAAAGAAGCACCAGGCGGUCCAGGAGCUGCCUCCAUCCAACACCUUUGUGGGCAGCGGCGGAUGCGUGGGGAGCGCUGGCUCCAGCACCAGCAGCAGUGGGGGCAGCGGCAACGCAGACGCCAUGUCCCUGGGAUCUGACCAGUGCUCUGACUACGGCUGCCAGACUGCAAACAAGUACAGCAAACAGGGGACCCUUCGCCGGGUGACCUUCUCCGUGGUGAGCCAGCCCCAGGACGCCGGUUGCUAUGACAGCGGCCAGGAGGACUCGGAGACGCCGAGCAGCAAGAGCUCGUCGGGGCCGCGCCUGGGAGCCCUGCCGCUUCCGGAGGAAGGCUACGAGCGAACCACACCCGAGGGCAGCGUGGGCGAAGAGGAGCACGUGGAGAACGAUGCCAGGCAGCUGCCGGAUGUCGCUCUGACAGGAAAAUGUACCAGGGAGUGUGACGAGUUUGGCCACUCUGACACUUGUUGGAUGCCGGUCCGCGCUUCGCCGCGGCAACGGCAGCGCCACGGCAGCGACCCCCCGCGGCUGUCGACCUUCGCCCCGGGAGACGACAACAACAACCUCCGUGGCAACGACCACGAGAGUGACAGCGAGAGCGCGGGGAGCUCGGAACCCGGAGUGGUCGUCAGCGGAGAAGGUCAGCGGUUGGCCCUAGCCAAUGGGGAUCCUCUCGGCACCCUGGGCAGAGGGGACCGCAACAGGAACAUGGGCGACCACAACCGGAACCUCCUGAACCGCAAGAUGACUUCGGCGUCCUACGACACAUUCAGCAGCGCGGGCUUCGGGAGGCGCCAGCAGGUGGACGAAGGGGGAGAAGGUCAGAACCCACCCGAGGUCAUACCGCUGACGCGGACAGGAGGGGACCACAAGACUACGUCCUGCCUCACGCUGUCGCGCCGCGAGGUCUACCUGUGAUAGCCUCACAACGGAGCGGUCCCCGCUGCACUACUCCCUGAACGAAAGGGAACUUUACUGGAGGGUCUUUUAACCUGUGAAGAUGGGAGAACGUCAGGAAAAUUGCUUUCUGACAUCAAUCAAUUGGAACUUUUGGAUUCUGACUAAUAUUUAUAGGCACUUAAACGAGCAAAGAAUCGACUCUUUGAAGAACUCUGACCGGAGAACUUUCUAAGACUUUCUUUUUUUUAACUACUACUGACAGUUACCGACGGGCAAAGAUCCUGUUAUGAACUUAUCUUCUCUUCUCUUUACUUGAAUCCAGUGCAUGCCUGUCCCUUUGUCACGGGGGGGAUCUGUGUGAAGAAGCGAGAGCUUGAGACGGUGUAAAUACUGACGUUCUUAAUACCUGGCUGCAUCUAAAAGAAACCGAGGCUACAGCGGGACGGAUUCGGACUCAACUGAAGAAGCAUCUGCUUAAGAAAAAACCCACCGAGACUUCAUCCAGUCGAACUAGAUGAACAAGAGGUUAACGGGUAUUUGAUUGAGUUAUUUGGAUGUAAUUCAAACCAAUCAAACUUUCUUACACCUAAUCGCAGCAGAGGAGGCGGAUACUUAACAAUCAAAACUCUAAUCCCGUGAGAUUUCAUGGUCAUAACGUGUGGCUGCUGUUCUGUUACACAGCAGCAGCAGCAGAAGAAAAGACGUUCUUUAAAAACAAAUGAUUCAGAAGAAGCAGCAACAUUUUUUUUUUUUUUUCGAAACAGUGAUCCAAUGUAACUACUCAGAAUACAGGUUCUCAUAGAGUGUCAGUAGUGCCACAGUAUUCCGGCGUGUGUGAAAAUAUCUGUUUAUUAUUUUUGCCUUCACGCCCGGUCUGUAUGUAUAUAUCGUAUGUGUGUAUUUGAUAAAAAAAAAAAGAAAAAAAAGACAGCAGCGUUAUCCCUCUGCUGAGGCCACCGUUUCAAAGUAGACUGAGGUGCUGACUCCAUUACACAUCUACAGUAUCCUAACAGUGUUCAUGUAUGAUAAACUUUCUUUCGCGCACACACAGCAAACAUACACACACACACACACACACACACACACACACGCAUGCAAGCUCUUACAUACACAGACCUUAGCAUGUGAACACAAACCCAUAUGGUGCAUUUACAGAAUGUGAACAUGCAUAGAGCCGCACAGUUUAUGACAUGACUCCGUGGCCGUGUAACAUUAAGUAUAUGAUAACUCGUCCAUACAGAAACAGAGAAUGCACACAAACUGACACACACACACACACACACAUAUAAAAACAUUAGUAGUUAAGAUGUACGCAAUGCUCAGCUCAUAUGCACUACGUGUGUAUGUGCUUUUUAAUCCUGAUUUUUUAACAUAUUGCCUCAUCGAACUAGCUGUAGCAUUUUGCCUGCUCCCCCUCCAGCCAAUAUUUAAACAUGAAAUGUAUUUAAAUAAUUACUCAUCUCUCUGACUGAUGUAUGAGGUUACAUUAAAAGGAAUUUCAAUGACAUCUACUGUAGGACUCAUAGAAAAAAAAAAUACCAAAUGUCUGUAAUUUCUGUAAGAAAAAAACAAAAGAAAGGAAAAAGACUCUGCAUGAAAGGAAGAUAACUAACUUUUUCUCUCUCUUUUUUAAUCAACAUGCUCUUUUUUGUGGGAGGUUGGGGUGGGGGGGUGAAAUGUGCGUGCGCUUACGGGGGCGAUGGAGAUAAUGAUGGCAGCGAGGGAGUUAGCUUCAGUCGUGGAGUGAAUAUUGGGGUAACCUUGGGCCUCGCCCUCGCUUGGUCGGCACACGGUGUGCCGCGGGGCUGCAACGAAAAAGAACACGGUGUAGUCGGGAGUUCUCUCGCGACCCGGUUCACCGCGCAGUGCUGACCUGAACACGCCCAUACUGCUGUGCUGAACUGGGCCGAUAACAGACUCCUCCACGUUCGUCCUUCCCAUCAGCUACUGCUGCGCGACUUCCUGCAUACUCUGCUGCACCGGGCUGAAAGGGUGGCUGUGGAUCGAGGCCAACGCAUCUUAAUUCCCAUCAUCAGCGUGUGGCUCAGUGGUGUGAUAGGGAUAAUAGGGUUAGGUCGUCCCCGUGGUCUUAAUGAGUUUCCUUUCUCCUCUCUUUCCCUCCCUUGAUCUGUACUGAUCUCAUUAACGUCUGUAUAGGCGAGUGGAACGCUGGAAUUUGCCUGUAAGUGUGUCUCUUAAUUCUUCUGGUUGUUUUGGAUCACGUGAGGCAGAAGGAACAUCUUUUUUUUUAUUUGUUUUUUUUUUUUUAGAGAGAAGUUAAAAUGCAAGAACAAAAAAUGUGUGACGGUGUUACACCCACUCGAUACUGUUUCUGCUCGACGGAAAGGUAACAUCUGGCGACGGAAGUAGCGAGCGCCACAUUUUGCAGUGGUAAUCAGGAUGAAAAAAUGUGUUAUGCGCGUGAUUACACUUUGUAUACCUGUAUAUACUUUCCACUUAACCGUGUGAGCGUCAACUUUGGGCCCACUGUUGUCCCCGAUUACCCCCAGAUCCCCCUGCGUGGCUGUUUUUACGGAGCUCUAUUGUCCACGGACUACACUGAGGACGUGACAAAACUCGAAGCCUUCAAACAUUCAGAGUUUCUCUCUUUAAGGACACAUUAUGUUGAAAAAUGCAAUUGGUGAAAAAAAAAAAAAAAAGGGAGAGAAGCAAUCCUGCACUGUAUCUAUACUUAGAGACGAAAGGACGUAUGCUCAUUCUCUGGUAGAAAGAGCUGAGAUAAAUGUGUCUCAGUACCUGGAAGGCCGCGAAGAAGCCAUGGAGGAACCAGCUUGUGCGUUUUGGAAAGAGACUCGACACGGCCUUGCCUCUCCAAAUUGGCAGAAAUCUCUCCAAGCUGCUGUUUUAUGGCAGUUCCACAAAUGGCACCUUUCAAACCCUCGAAUCUGGAUUUAAGGGGAACUUAAUGUACAUGAAUCUCUGUGGGUGUGUCUUUUUAUUUCUUUUUUUUUUAUAUACUGCACGUUUAAACCUGAAUCUACCGUGAAACACGGAGGAGAGUGGGGGCACGGGCGGACGGACGGAGGAGAGCAUCAUGUCUGAUAACCGUCACGCGCUAAUCAAGACUUUUUUAAAAUCAGACAACCUGUCUCCCGCCUCCCCUUGUGCUGUUACUCUAGCCAUGUACAGAUAAAACUACACUGUAGAACAGACAGCGGGAAACCACAACAGACUAUGGCAUGCUUAAGGUUCAAAUCUGCACUUGAUAGAAAAAAAAUGAGGAAAAAAAUGUUUUUUUUAUUAUUAUUAUUAUUAUUUUUGUUUUUUCCUAAGGGACUGGCUGUUUUAUUUUAUUUAUUUUUUUUUUUUGCGACUCCCUUCCUGUAAUUACAUAAUGAACUAAUUGCAUUUGCUAUGAUGAGGAAGACGAGGAGCUGUCAGCGAACGGUUUGGUAUGAAGAUGAAUCAUGUAAAAGUUUGACUUUGACAUUAAAAACUUCAAACACU